CCUUGUCCAUCUCUGCCUCCAUCAUUCCCCUGCCGCCGUCUCGUAAUGGCGACCUUUCGAACCAGACCGGGCAUGGCGCCGCUCCUCCUCACCCUCCUCUUCGCCGCCCUCUCCUACGCCCACGAAGGCCACGAAAAUGUCCCCGAAGGCGCCACCAUCUCCCCCGAUCCCCUCGGCACCAUCAUGUGGCUGCACAUCCUCCUGCAGUCGACCGCCUUCGGCCUCGUCUUCCCCACCGGCAUGGUACUCGGCCUCGUACGCUCGCGCUGGCACGUCCCCGUGCAGAUCCUCGGCGCCGCCAUCGCUAUCCCCGGCUACUUUCUCGGCCAUCUACACAAGGGCCGCCAGUUCACCGCCAAUGUGCAUGCCCAUUUCGCCAACUGGCUGAUGUUUCUGCUAGCUGGCCAGGCGAUAUUAGGCAUGCUGUUGAAGCUGCACAUCGAGCGUGGCUUCCUCGGCAAGGUACGGAAGGUGAUGGUGAAGAUUCACGGCGUCGUUGGCGUGCUCUUCCCCAUCGUGAGCUGGGUGCAGAUGCUGUUUGGCGGCAUCGCUUCGCAAGGCUUCUGUCAAGGCGACCAUCUCGGGCAGUGUCUGGCCCAUUUCAUCAUGGGAAGCGCUUUCAUCGCCUACGGCAUCGUCCUUACCAUCUUGCUGCUCAAUGGCCAGGCGUGGCUGGCGCGUACGGGAAAGAGCCAAGAGUUCUGGGACAGUCUUAUCAUCUCCAUCUGGGGCUGCAUCAAUACCUUCACCGAGCACCGAUGGGGUGGACCGUGGGUGAAGAACGACAUCCAGCACACGAGCAUGGGAGUCAUCUGGUGGGCGGCAGGGCUCGUGGGCAUCUGGCUCGCGCGAGACCGCUCGGGCAGGCCACGGAGGAAUCUCAUUCCCGCCAUCGUCAUAUUCUUGACUGGCUGGGGAAUGUCUGGCCAUGCCCAGGACCUCGAGCUCUCCACUCAUGUACACGCGGUCUUUGGCUACACCCUCAUGCUCGCUGGCCUUACGCGCAUCAUCGAGAUCUCCUUCGUGCUCAAGGACAAGCAAACGCUCGUCGGACCGGAAGGCGGAGACGUAGAUGCGGAAAUCAGCAGCUUCCAGUAUCUGCCUCCUUUCCUGCUCUACGCGUCUGGCUUCAUCUUCAUGGGUGCUACGGAAGAACAAAUGCGCAUGCUCAGCGAUGCCCAUGUCACGCACGUCAGCUACAUCCUCAUCCUGUACAGCCUGGCAUUCUUGAUGUUUCUUUUCGUCCUAAUGCUCAUUCACCUCUACUCCGCACAUGUAGAGCCAAAUCAUGCCCCGACCACGGGCAAGAAGGUCGAAAACGGCAGCAGGAAUAGAAUAUACCGCGAUGUGCCCCAUGCGAAUGGCACCCUCGAUCGGACAGCCCGAGAUGCGCAGGAGUUUGAAUUGGAUGGGCUCAUUAGCGAUGACGAAGAAAUGCUUGCGGGAAAGACGAAUGGCCGGGUGUGAUUGUCAAGGCUUGAUUCACGACUCUUCUUUUGAUAUGCACAGGCGAUUGUAUCCCGUCAUCAAAUCAUGUUGAAUGCGUACAGGGCCGUACCGUUUUGUACAGAAGUCUGAAGCAUCCCAUCACAAGCGUUCAUGCUCAUUUACUUCUCCUUCCCUUGGCAUAGACGGUGAGUCUGUGUUGGACUCGUUGAUCAAGCAGCCUCUGGCCUGACCUUCGCGACAUGUGCCGAACUGGGCCAUGUUGUGUACGGGAA